AAAAUGCACUAAAAAUGGAACAAUUUUUGUUUAUGACAACAUCAGCUUUUGCUGUUUUCAUUCUUCUUCUGAUCUCAACAUCGAUACCGUACACUUUUCUAAGGACAUGUUGUGUAAACGCUUCAAAAACAUCAAUCUCAUUCCUGGGAUGUGCUUCAUGCGGUGUCUUCAUUGCCACGUGUUUCCUCGGACUUGUCCCUCAUGUCAGACAUCAAGAAAUGCAUUUAAGAGGGAAUCAGACGAUAGUUGAUAGUUAUGGAUGGAUUCCAUCGACUGAUCAAUUAGUUAUUAUUGGAUUCCUGAUAAUUUUGAUAACUGAGCAAAUCAUUCACGGAAUCGGACAUUCAAUCGGAAAUGGCCAUUCACAUUCAGGACACAGCCCACUGGCAACAAGUGAUUCAAUUAAAAUGAACAAGUUCCACGAUGAGGAAGAAGGAGAGGAUCACGUUCCACUUGUUGCAAUGGAUGAUGAUGCAGAUGAAAUUAUUUUCCGACAGAACACGAGCCCUCAUCACCAUGCACCUUCAUCAGGACAUUGUCGAACUGCCCCCGGUGGAUCAAUGAACAUUCGUGUCUGGUUUCUUCUUCUUGGAAUGUCAGUUCAUUCAUUCUUCGAAGGAGUUGCUCUCGGCGUUCAGAAUGAUUCAAACGCGUUUUGGCAGAUUUUGAUUGCCGUCCUUUUUCAUGAAGUGCUGUGUUGUGUCUCGUAUGGAGUUCAACUGGCAAAGCAUAAUGCUUCAAGAAAGUAUGCAUGGACUUCAUCAAUCUUCUUGUCAGCUACAAUUCCAGCUGGAAUGAUUCUCGCUACAACGAUUGACGGAAUCGAAAACGACAUGUGGCAAAGAAUUGGAAGAUAUUGGCUUGAAGGAUUAGCAGCAGGAACUUUUGUACACGUGGCUCUUGUUGAGCUUCUUCCAAUGGAGUUGCAUUCAGAUGACAGCGGAGAAGGAGGUCAUGGACAUAGUCAUAAUGUUAUUGCUGACACAACUCAUUCACACUCAAAUCAUUCUUCUUCUCAUUGGAUUUCACUCGUCAAGUCGCUAUUCGUGGCCGCUGGAAUCGGAAUAUUUGUAAUUAUAAAAUCACUCAUUGGUGAGCACCAUUGAGCUCAUCUUAAUUUAUCUUAUUUUCAAUUAUUAUCUUUUUUGUUCAUAUUUAUUCAUCAUUUCUUCAAUUGUAGUCACUUUAAUUCAUGUGUUGUGAGCAUUCUCCCCAAAGUUCCCCCAAUCCAUUGAUGCAUAAUUUUGAAAUUCAUCGUUCUGAUCUCGGUCUUUUUUUUUAAAUAAUAAAAAUUUGCAUUUUUCG